UGAAAAUAUGACAUUUGACAUUUAGAAACCGUGCGCAAAUAUUGCUAAUAAUUCUAGAAACAUAUAGAAAAAUUGCAAUUUAUAAACAAAAAGUUAUUCCGUUUAGUACCGAUAAACCAUUUUGCAACUAUCUGACGCCUUUUUCAACAACAUAUUAUGUUACGCUGUUACAAUAGAGGCUGUGGCCAGGAAUACGAUCCAGAGAAAAACAAUGAAGAAUCCUGUUGCCAUCAUCCGGGAGCACCCUAUUUUCAUGAUGCCUACAAGGGCUGGUCAUGUUGCAACAAAAAAUCUGUAGAUUUCACCGAAUUUCUAAGCAAAAAGGGCUGUACAUUAUCCAAACACUCGAAUGUGAAACCUCCUGAACCCGAAAAGCCAAAACCAAAGCAAGAGGAAGAAAAAGUCGAAAUAAUGGAGUCCUUGCCUAGGCCACCAGUUGAAACAGCCAUGACAACAAUACAGGGCACUAUAGCGCCAGCACUUAAAGAUCUCAUCGAUAAUAUGGUAACAAACAGUCCCUCCCAAACAGAAACAAAUGGAACCAACGAAGUUACCGUGGGUACCAGCUGUAAAAAUUCCGGUUGCACAUAUUCCUAUACUGGCACUUCAGCAGAUGCCGGUGAAUGCCAACACCAUUCUGGUGUACCCAUAUUUCAUGAGGGCAUGAAAUAUUGGUCCUGUUGCCAGCGCAAAACUUCCGACUUUGCCGUUUUCAUGGCCCAAAAAGGUUGUGUCUAUGGCCAGCACAAAUGGUUCAAGGAUAAUGAUGACAAACGCAUAGUACAAUGUCGCUAUGACUGGCAUCAGACAGCUACAAAUGUCAUUGUCUCCAUAUAUGCAAAGAAAUACCAUUACGCUAAAAGCUUGUUGGAAGUAAAUCCCAUACGUUUGCAUGCUUUACUGAUAUUCCCCGAACAGGAAAAUGCCAAGUUUGAAUUGGAUAUGGAACUGAGGGGUAUUAUCGAUGUUACCAAAACCACUGCCCAUAUGUAUGGCACCAAAGUUGAAAUAACCAUGCCUAAAGCUGAACCUGGCUCAUGGGCCAAAUUAGAUUUUCCUCGUGAGAAACUACCACCUCCUGUUAAAGUUGGACAACAGAUACCAGAAAAACCGCAAACCGUUGAGGCAGACGGUGACUCAGAUGAUGAUUUCAAUUUGGAUGACAUUGAAUCUGUGGCACAAGGCGUUACGUUAACAGAAAUGGCUUCCAAGAAACCAGAUUUAGAUUAAUACCAAUGCUAAGCAUUCGUUGCUUAGCUUUUAAAGACUUAAUCAACCACAAGCCCGUAAAAUGUGUUUAACAUUUUUGUCAUUUUCGUUGUUUUUUAGUAUUUACCAACUUUUUAAUUUCUUGCAUUUUCUAAAUACAUAACCCCAUAUAUUCGGUUUAUACAAAAAUAUAACAAAAAAAAAAACCUUACAAAAACACGGAA